CCUAAUCUUUUAUCCUUACAGUUUGUCUCUUACCUGUCAAAAGAGACUUUAUGUCCUUAUUAACAUUAGCCACUAAUUUCAUUUCUUAUUCUUUAUUAGGUCUUUCAACUGGCUGGUAUUAUUUGGUUGUAUUGAUUGGUCUGCCUGCACCAUUAGAACAUAAACACGUAAACUCUAUAAAGACAAGGACGGCAUCGUUGUCUCUCUGAUACCCUAGGACAGGGCCUGACACAACCGAGGGCCAUUGUGAAUCCUUCUGGAAGGAGGGGAGUAGCUGACAGUCUGAAGACUAAGCUGUUCAUUGAGUGUUUAUGUUCAAAAGGCAAAAAGUAGAACUGGAGGAAGGCCACUGGAGGAGUGAGAAUUGUUAUAAAAACACAUUUUCACAAAUGAACCAGGUUUAUACUUUAAUAUGUAUAGAGUUCCCUGGAUCAUGUCUGGCAGAUAAAUAAGACUUGCUUUGGGGGAGAUUUUUUCUUUUUUUUUUUUAAUUCAAUGGACUUGGACUUAGAAGCAGUUUCAGUGCUUGUUCUGCUUGAAUAGAAUUGAUAAAAUCUGUUAAUUAUCAGUUUUGCUUUAAACCUCUGAGGAAUUUCUAAACUUUGGGAACUCAGAUCAUGAUUUCGAACUUUUAUUUGUAGUAACAAUUAUACCUGGCAUCUGUUUACAGAUUUUGUAGUUACUAAUUUUUUUAUCCUGAUUGUAUUCGUAUAUAGAUUGGAAAUCUUGUUCCUAAAUCCCCAUUUUACAGAUUGCAGAUAAUUACACGUGGAGGUAAUAAAAGUAUUGUCUACGUUGAUGUUGGAAGUAUCAGGGAAAACUAUGAAAAGCUCCUUACUUGGUGACAAGUGUCCACAUUGAUCAAACUACCAGAUUCUUAAAACUUGUUCUUCUAACAUCUUGCCAUAGGAGUGAACCAGAACAGUUUCAUUCUGGAUGACCUGGCUAGCACAUGUCUAAUAACAACGAGAUUUUUCUCUUAUAUUUUUCCAUUGGUCCAACUCUAUUAUUGUAGGUACUUUGGGCUACAAGUAAUAGAAAUUUCAAAUCCAAAUAGCUUAAGCAUGUUGUCUUAGGUAUAAGAAGUGCGUGAUUCCCAGUUCAGUGAGUUGAGUAGCUUGGUGGCCUCAAGGGCCUAAGUAUGUUCUUUGUGGUCAUCCUUAGCAUGUCAGAGUAGUUUCCUCAUGGUCAAAUACGGCCGCCACAGGCCCAGGCAUUUCCUGUAGAUAAGACAGUCUACAGAGAUGCCAGCAAGACAUUGGUCCCUUGUCUUUGAAAGUGUGAAGGAGGCUUUCCCAGAAGCCCUAGAACAUACUGCCCCUCAUUUGCAGUUUGCUGGACAGAAUGGGUUACAUCCCUACCUAAUCAUGGACCAUAAAUUACCAUGAAUGGCUUGGACCAAUUGAGAUUUAUUCGCUUUCUCUGCAGGUGAAUAAAAUACCGGUUGUGCUAUCAAAGAAAAGGCAGGAAAGAGAUGAGUAGGCAAUAAGUGGUCAUUGCCAUACCAGGUUUAUCCCCCUUCAUGGAUGCAUUUUUUUUUUUUUUUUUGGCUCUCAGAUAAGUGUUUUACAGAAUUAGGGCAAAGUGAUGGUUCUUUUGAUGCAGACUUCCUGCCAUAAAUUCAGAUUUCCCCCCGAAGAGUUCUAAGUUCUUCUCCUUCAGCAUUUUCUCUUUGUGAGUUGAAUGUUGUACUCACAGGUCAAGCGAAUAUUUGAUAGGAUUUUAAAAUCGCACUUUAAUCCAAAGAUUUGUGAGCAUGCCUGUUUAUAAGUUGAGAUUUUCUGCAUUCUUUGUAUUAGAGGAGGUAUUGUUUUGUGUAAACCAGUAAAAGAAAUUGGUUCAAGUGAGUCUAAUUGCAAAGUUGCAAAAAUCAAACUAUCCUUCUUCCUCUCUGUUACAACAGAGAUUUGAAAUAUAACUUAAAAUCGUCAAACAAUGAUCAUGUCAUAUCUGGGAAUUUCUAGCUUGUACUCCCUCGCUUUUUUUCCUAGUUACCUUAAUACUCUGAAUAUUCAGGCUCUCAAAUGUUUGACUUUGCUGAAGUUGAGUAAAGGUAUCCAGUUCAUUUUACUUUUCUCAGAUGUCACUCAAUUUUUUGACAUGAAAAUCCUUAACUUACAGGAUAAGCCUCAGGAAAUGGUUUGAAGAAUGAAGACAAACCUGGCUUUUAUGAGAACAAGGAUUUUUUUUUAUUAUUAUUAUUGGAAACAUAGUUUUCAACAAAGAGUCCGUUUGGAAACCUAUAGGAUUUGUCCUGUCCUCCCAGGGCAUAAUGGAAGUUGCAAUCAGCCUACAGGUUUAUCAGCACGAUUCUGAGUGACAAUAUUCAGAAACAUUAACUAUCAUCAGUUCAUCCAACCUUCUCUCCUUUUCAGAUGAGAUUUAGGCCUAGAGGGAUUAAGUGACUUACUCACUUCUGUUAAUUGGUAGUGGUUAUAGCAUUUCCCUAUGUCCCUGGAGAACAGGCAAUAUAUACACAAUAUUGUAGAGAGCUGUAUUUUCUGAUAUUGUGUAUACAGUUACUUUAAUUAACAAUUCUGUGCUUGGGUAACUUUGAUCUUGUAAAAGUAGAAAUCAGUAGUGGUGGUAAUAAUGAAAAUCGCAAGAGAGCAACCAUCUGACAUUUAUUGAGUGCUAAUUGUAUGCCGGACAGCGUGCUUACUGGCAACACAAUAAUCAUACUAUUGCCCCAUUUUAAUGAUGGAGAAAGUGAAGUCUAGAGAUCAGACUUGUCCAGUGUGCACAGCUGGUUAAGAAGCAGAGCUAGGAUUCCAGCCCCAUGUUUUCUGGAUUUCAGAGCCCGGGUUCUAGAUGAUGAGGCUUACCGCCAAUUAUAGGGGAGGAAGAGGGUGGUGGUGAUGAAGCUGAGAAGGAAAGUUCCUGGGUGGCAUCAGGAAUGACCUGGAAGAGCGAAAAGCGCCAAGAGGGACUGGAUUGCCCAAUGGGCGUAGCAAUGUCACGGAGAUCAAUCAGGUGAGAACUAGAACUGCCUCUUCGACCAGCAGAGAAAGUGCAGGGCAGAGAAGAAACCUCAGUGAGGGCUUUUGAGCUUUGAAAGGUGAAGUUGGCUACAGAUGCUAGCAGAGCUGAUGGAACGCAGGUGGGGCAGGGCAAGAGAUCCUGGUUCCCAUGUCACGUAGCCCAAAUUGAGGCCACCUGGCUGCCAGCGAGAACAGACCCAGGUGCUGGUUUCAAUAAAAGGUGGGACGAGGACACGUGGUAGGGUCGAGAGGGGAGACAACGACUAAAGUCUGAGUAGCCUUGCAAGGUGGGCGGGUGGCUCCGAGAUCACCAGAAACUUUUUCACGUGGGAAAACAGAAUCUUCGAGAUGUUACAUGUCUGCUUUAAAUGAUUCGCCUGGUAUGGUCAGGCCCCGGAUUGGAGAUAUCUGGCCCAGGCAGAGAGAGAGAGAGAGGAGAUGGGAAGAGGGCAGGAUACCAAAGACUGGAGAGACAAACAGCCUAUAAACCAGCAACCACGCUGACAGCAGCCCAGAAGCCCAGGGAAGAAGGUAUGUGAGAUAGUGCAAGUUUGUGGUCAUAAUUACCUACAAUGCCAAUAACAGGGAGAUUGCGUUAUUGGUAUGAGCCUGGGUUCUGGAGUCAGACUGCCUCAAGUUCUGCCUCUGCAUCUUCUUGCUGUGUUACUUCUGUCCGAUUGCUUUCCCUCUCUGGGCCUCAGUUGCCUGUUCUGUAAAAUUAGAAUAAUCUCGUAGGCCGUUGUAAGAGAUGUACCAAGUCGUAGGCUGUUGUAACAGCUAGUAAGCAUUUAGAGAAAGGGUUGGAAACCUUUUCUGUUCAAGGCUGAUAGGAAAUAUUUUUGGCAUUUAUGCCCAUAUGGUCUCUGUCACGACUACUUAGCUCUGCUGUAAGGUGGUGGAAAUUUCGGGCAUUUGAAAAAUUUAUUAUUUAUCAUAGGAAAUUUGCAGGAGCCCAUAAUAGGCAAAUGUCUCGAUUUAUAAAUUGAAUUUGUAUAAAAACAGUAGCUGGAGAAGUUAGACUUCAGACUCAAAAUUGUCAACACACUCAGAUGUCAAAACAGGUAACUUUUUAAAAAAAAAUACAAGUUUUUUUUUUAGUCUGUAAAUGUGAUCUUGAGAGGCACAUUCUUUCUGCAAGUCUGCUUAGCUUUCUCCUAAAUACUGCUUUUGAUUUAUUUAGCUCAUCCACCCUCCACCGUUUUUUUUGUUUUUUUUUUUAAACAGAAAAUAUCAUUUGGCAAGUUGCAGCCCAUGGUUAGUAAAAUCAGCACCACCAGAAAGUCUGAAAAUGUGUUUUUCAUUUACAGGAAAAAAAGGGUUAAGCCGAGUUAGAAAUGUUGUAUAUUGACAGUACCACUUAAAACAUACACAUUUCUCAGUUACUUCUCACCUUAAGAAUGAAGCAUAUCUUGGAACCUUUUGGGGUAAAGAAGUUUCUUCCCUUGUCCCCAGAUUAAAAGGAAAAAAAAACUAAAGUGGAAAAGCCAUGUUGCUGUGCUCUCUAUUUAAGGCCUUGAUUUUGUGGGGUGGGGAGUGCACAUCCAUGUUUGCCCUUAUAUGAUGUGACCUUCAGAAGCAGUUGUACUUAAAUGAAGGCCAAAGUAGAUGGCUUGUGUUAAAUCGGGGUGACCCUUGUAUAGGUCUGUGGGCAGGGAGCGUGGUUUUGUAGCACAAGUUCUCCAAAAGCAAAGUGAGGUCUGAGUAAUGACCUACUUUGGCUGAAUUUACAUGGGAUGGGGACUUGCUUAUUUUUUCCAAAGGGACUCUGGAAACCACGUUUAAUUUCCAUCUAAUGAAACACCUCCUAAUGCCAGGGGUCUCUCAGCUCAGUUUUCUAGAAGAGGCAUCUCGUGUGCGUCUAGCCCUGUGAGCACACUGUCUUCAAUUACGUUCACCUGCUGGAUUUCUCUUAUUAGUUCUGACCUUGGUGAUUACAAUGAAGUCUUCGUGGACUCUUUUUAUCUGUUUGACAUGAAGGCAUUGCAGGUCCGUUACCUCCUGCUAUGUGUAAUGCUGGGGAGAGGUAGGAAAGGAGCACUGAGAUGCCAUUUUGUGCAUCUCCAUGAAUGGGGUAAGGCCUUAAGCUUUUCUGUGCUUUUUUUUUUUUUUUUUAUGAGGAUAUGUUGAGUCCAUUUUUCUUUUCUUUUUUUUUUUUCAUUUUUUUUUUUUCUGUGCUUUUUUAUAGCUUAGAAAUUGGCUCAGAUCAGAAGAUGGUUUUGGGACCAAAAUUUAUAAAUUUCCCAGUGAGUGUCGGCAGUAGAGUUUGGGAAGCAGGUAGAUCUUGAAAUUCAGCAAGCUCACUUGGAUUCCCAGUGGAAAACAAACCAACAGCCUUUCCAGUCGUAAAAGAUGAUGUGGGUUUCUCUGGGUUUCUCGUUGUACCAAGUUGUGAUGAUUUGUUUAAAAUGAUAUUAGGAAAUGAGGAAAGAGAAUUUUUUUUUUUUUUAAGUUUGUCUAGAAAUUGAGACACGGUAUUCUGAGAGUUCUGGCUAAAAUUUCCCAAACACAUGUUGCAGAAAAUGGGUAGAGAGAAGUGCUUAAGCAUCUGCAAUGACCACUGACCACAGCUGCCUUUGCCGUGUUGGUCAUUUGAACGCGUUAUUUUUCAACAGUAUCUCAGAUUGGCGUUUCUCAGGUAAUAUCGGUAUCCUUGGGAGUGAGUGGACUAGCAUCGUCAAAUGCUGACAAAUAAAGCUCCCACAUUCUGGCGCCCAAAUAUUUAGGACACACUUGAGAUGUCUCUGUUAGCAAAUGGAAACCAUGCGCCUUGCCCUGGAAGCUCUAGACCCCUGCCCCCUGGCUGUCCCUGAGGGGUGUGGCAACCUUCUCCCUCCUUGAAUUGCUGAGGAAUCAGCUGGAAUGCUUAGCCCAUCUUAGCCACCAAAAUGCAACUUGCUGUGGUCACAGCAACAACGACAAAGGGAAAAGGUACAGGGGUUUGUGUAAGAGGGGUGAGCCCUAAUGGUUGAAAGGUUGGAAGCUUCCAGAAUGUUCCUAAUGGUUGAAAGCUUGGAAGCUUCCAGAAUGUUCCUAAUGGUUGAAAGCUUGGAAGCUUCCAGAAUGUUUACUACCGCUUCUCUUUAAAAGCAGCCCCACCAACGCGCAGCUUGGCAAACGUAAGAAGAGACGAUCAUCCUGUUUGCAGAUCUAGGAUUUAAAAACCCAGAUCUCGGACAAAUGAUGUAUUUUAUUCAACCACCCAGUAGAUGAGUGAGAAGAGUUCCUAAAUGAAAGUGAGAAAGUUAAUUGUCUGGAUCCCUUUCCCUGGUUAGGUUACGUACUAAUAGGCAGUGUCAAUUUUUAAAUGGUUUCUCCAGAUGAGCUGUUUACAUGGAGUUGCUUGUUCUUCUCCUUGGUUCCCAUUCCCCAUGUUUCCCUGUUUCUCUGGCCAACACACUUAGACCUUGCAAAUAGAGUUGAGUGUACAAAUGUGCCAGACUCCCUUCAAUGCACGUGGGCCAUGGCUCUCGUUGGCGGUCACCAGGACCUAGGGGGCUUUCUGUGUUAAGGACUGUGAUUCUUAAUAAUUCAUUUUUUUCCCAGACCCUGGCUGGGCUAACUCAUCUCCAUCUCUGCAAAAUUAAUCUGAUGCUGAUGGAAAGGGCUCCAUCCGCCAAAGAACGUUCCCGUCCCAAGAUUAUGAGAAAAGGGGAAGAUACAAAUGAGCUUACAAAGGUGCAUUUAAACUGCCUUGAAUGAAGAGUCAACGGCAGGGACUUGUCCAGAGCGACCCAUGAGCAGGCCGUGGAAGCUUUCAAGGCAGCCCGGGAGCCCAUAGUGGUGCAGGUGCUGAGGAGGACGCCCAGGACCAAGAUGUUCACGCCUCCCUCAGAGUCCCAGCUGGUGGACACGGGGACCCAGACCGACAUCACCUUUGAACACAUCAUGGCGCUCUCCAAGCUGUCCUCCCCGAGCCCGCCCGUGCUGAGCCCCUACCUCUUGCCAGAAGAGCAUCCCUCAGCCCAUGAAUACUACGAUCCAAAUGACUACAUUGGGGACAUCCACCAGGAGAUGGACAGGGAGGAGCUGGAGCUGGAGGAGGUGGACCUCUACAGAAUGAACAGCCAGGACAAGCUGGGCCUCACCGUGUGCUACCGGACAGAUGACGAAGACGACAUUGGCAUUUACAUCAGCGAGAUCGACCCCAACAGCAUCGCGGCCAAGGACGGGCGCAUCCGCGAAGGAGACCGCAUCAUCCAGAUUAAUGGGAUAGAGGUACAGAACCGUGAAGAGGCCGUGGCUCUUCUAACCAGUGAAGAAAAUAAGAACUUCUCGCUGCUGAUUGCAAGACCUGAACUCCAGCUGGACGAGGGCUGGAUGGACGAUGACAGGAACGACUUCCUGGACGACCUGCACAUGGACAUGCUGGAAGAACAGCACCACCAGGCCAUGCAGUUCACCGCGAACGUGCUCCAGCAGAAGAAGCACGAGGAGGACGGCGGGACCACGGACACGGCCACCAUCCUGUCCAACCAGCACGAGAAGGACAGCGGCGUGGGGCGCACGGACGAGAGCACGCGCAACGACGAGAGCUCGGAGCAGGAGAACAACGGCGACGACGCCGCCGCGCUGGCGGGGCCGAGGAAGCUCACGUGCAGCCAGGACACCCUGGGCAGCGGCGACCUGCCCUUCAGCAACGAGUCCUUCGCGUCGGCCGACUGCACGGACGCCGACUGCCUGGGCAUCCCGGCGGACGAGUGCGAGCGCUUCCGCGCGCUGCUGGAGCUCAAGUGCCAGGUGCGGGGCGCGGGCCCCCCCUACGGCGCGGACGACGCGGCGGGCCGGAGCGACCCCGAGAGCGUGGACAAGGAGCUGGAGCUGCUCAACGAGGAGCUGCGCAGCAUCGAGCUGGAGUGCCUGAGCAUCGUGCGCGCGCACCGCCUGCAGCAGGCGCGCGAGCCCUGGGCGCUGCACCCCGGCGGCUUCCGCGGCUACAACCCGGGCGCCGACGUGCGCAGGCGCGAGCUCGCGGACAUCACCGAGCUGCCGGAGAAGUCGGACAAGGACAGCUCGAGCGCCUACAACACGGGCGAGAGCUGCCGCAGCACCCCGCUCACGCUGGAGAUCUCCCCCGACAACUCCUUGCGCAGGGCGCCCGAGGGCCUCGGCUGCCCGGGCGGCGACGGGGCCGGGGGGACCAACGACGCCUACGGGCCGCCCCCCGGGCACCUGCUGUCCAUCACGGAGGACCCCGAAGUGGGCACGCCCAGCUACAGCCCGUCGCCGCCGCAGGACCCGGACCCCGGCCAGGGCGCGGAGGGCAGGGAGCGGAGGGGCAGCGACGGCGGGAGCAGGAGCCCGACGCCCAGCCCCAAGCCGGGCCUCGGUGGUGGCGGCGGCGGCGGCGCCUACCUGCCCGCGCUGCACCACCACUCGCCGUACAAGCACGCGCACAUCCCCGCGCACGCGCAGCACUACCAGAGCUACAUGCAGCUGAUCCAGCAGAAGUCGGCCGUGGAGUACGCGCAGAGCCAGCUGAGCCUGGCGAGCGCGUGCAGGGACCUGGCGGCGCCCGAGCCCCCGCGCGCGGAGUGGAAGGUGAAGGUGCGCAGCGACGGCUCGCGCUACAUCACCAAGCGGCCGGUGCGCGACCGCCUGCUGCGCGAGCGCGCGCUGCGCAUCCGCGAGGAGCGCAGCGGCGCCACCACGGACGACGACGCGGCCAGCGAGCUGAAGCUGGGCCGCUACUGGAGCAAGGAGGAGCGCAAGCAGCACGUGCUGCGCGCCCGCGAGCAGCGGCGCCGGCGCGAGGCCCUGCUGCAGAGCAGGCUGGGCGGCCUCCGCGAGCAGCAGGCGGCCGACGACAGGCGCCAGCUCAGCAUCCUGGAACUGAGCCACAAGAAGAUGAUGAGGAGGAGGAACAAGAAGAUCCUCGACAACUGGAUGACCAUCCAGGAACUCCUGACGCACGGCACCAAGUCGCCGGACGGCACGAGGGUGUACAACUCGUUCCUGUCGGUGACCACCGUGUAAUGGUCGCUGCUGCGUCGUGUGCAUGCGUGACCACCAGAGACCACUCCCGGGGGGGUAGAAAUUCCUGCCUCGUUCAAUGCGGCAAGCUGUUUUGUACAUAAGAUAGAUGCGGUCGUCCUGUUUAUGGUCCGGAAUUUACGCACACCCUGCAACUCCGGGUGCCAUAGGUCUAUUUUAAGGGGAGGAAGAAAAAGAAAAAAAAAUAAAAAGACACCCUUACUUAUCUCGGAAGGCAAUAUUAACAGAGCUUUUUUUUCCAAAUAGCAAUUGUACUUUUUUACACCUGUUACCCUUUUACAUAAAGUGUUUAAAUUUCAAAAAGAUCUUUUACUAAGCCUACUUUCACAGAACGAUUUGUUUAAACUAUAUUCAUAUUAAAAAAAAAAAAAAAGUUGAACACGCUUUUUUUCCUGCCUAAAACACAAAUGCAACUGCCGGUAUGUAUUUUUAAUGGAACCCUAUUUUAUACUGCUACUUCGCCGAAUGUGUUUCCUAUGAGCGAUCAUUAUUAAUAUUAAUAUAUUGUUUAGGUCAAGGUUUCAGCUCAAAACCACCAAACUCUGUGAUUAAUGACUUAAUACACACAAACAAACCAGCGGUGUUUAGAGUUGGGAUGUCCACGUAAACAUUUUUCUGGUUAAAGGUUCCCAAGAGAGUGUUAAGGUUUGAACAGAAAGCAAAAAUAUCAUGGAGUGUUACGGAAGUUUAAAGCAUGUUUGCAAAUACCGCAGCCAGUUGAAAGAAUUUGCAUGUACAGAAAGUUGUGGCUGGAGAGGCUUGUGGAAUUUGAAGUGCUCAUUGUGAUAAUCUACCCUUGCUUUUGUAGAUUUGAAGGUACAGACUUACAGAAGUGGCUUCAUGGAAUCAGGAUUAGUUAAAAACAUUAUAUGGAAGCUAAAAUAAAUUAUUAUUUUCUAUUUGAUAAGUUUCGCCGUGAUUCCUCAUUUUGCAGUGGUGCCUAUAAAAUAAAACCUUUUUGCAGUGUU